UCAUGGGCAAACAUCUGCUGGACACGUGGGCCUGGUGUGAGCCAAGUGGGGCAGGGUUACUGCCACACUGCCCGAGAGAACCCUGCAGGGUCCCUCACAAAGCAGAGAGCAGGAUUUGCGCGCCAUGGCCCCUUUGCGCUGAUUUCGUCCUCGAUUCCCUGGCAGUUUUGCGCCUGGCCGGCGGCCCCCUGCCCCCGCUAUGCCUCUGGACCUGAGAGAUCUCCCUGACUCCCGGGAGCGGGGCUGGUAUCUGAUGCUGAUGGCCCCCAACGUCAAGGGCCCAACCUACGCCUGGCUGGACCCCUCCCGCCUCUACUGCCACCACCAGGCCUUCCAGGACUGUGUGGAAGACUUGCUCCGGCCAUUUCGGGGGGACGCCAUUGACGCAGUUGCCGGAAUUGAUGCCAUGGGCUUCAUUCUAGGUGCAGCCAUCGCCAAUGCCCUCCAGAAAGGCUUCGUGGCCAUCCGCAAAGCCGGCCACCUCUGCGUGGAGACAGUCACGCAGCCCUACACGGACUACUCGGGCCGCGACAAGGUCAUGGAAAUGCGGACCGACACAAUCAUGCCUGGUCUUCGUGUCCUGCUGGUGGAUCAGUGGGUUGAGACGGGCGGAACCAUGCAGGCUGCCAUCCGACUGGUGGAGCAGCAAGGCGGCAUGGCAGCAGGGAUCGCGGCUGUCUGUAUCGAAGACAGCGAGGGCGGGCGCUGGCUCAAGGAUAACUACAAGUGGAGCCACUGCGUUCCGCCCCACCUGAUGCCCCAGUUCAACGCCCACCGCCUGGACACCUGCUGGGCCGAUGAGCCCAAGCCGUGUUUGCAGUAGCGAAGGAGCCGGAGGCGCUGAUGACCCACUCCAAGGCCUUGGUGGCAACCCUGCUUUGCCUCGCUAAUCCAAGGACACACACACACACACACGGCAAACCCCGUCUGCUCCCCCGGACGAUUUAAUGCCAUGAUGCUUCAGGUUUAACUUCUGCACCAUUUGGAACUCUGCCCGCCUUGCUGCUUCUCUGGCUCCCAAGCAGAAAAGGUGCCAGUAACACUUAGGCAGCCCCUGAGUAGUCAAUAAUAAACCUCCUGGUGCACCGCA